CCUGUAGUUUGUGGCUUCAUUUUCGAGGGUGAGGUGCGUUGAAUAUCUUUUGGCGUAUUUUGAUGUCGUUGGUCAAUUUUAAAAUGCUGAAGUAGUGCUACAAUCGGUGAAGUGCUCAAAUAUGUGUCGUGAUAGUGAUUUAUUAAAUAAUAAUUCGAUUGUAGUGUAGUGUCCAACAUGUUUCGAUGUAUACCUUUGUUCAAAUGUAAUCGCCAAGUGGAAUGUGUAGACAAGCGGCAUUGCUCGUUGCCAACAGUACCUGAAGACAUUUUACGAUAUUCCAGGAGUUUAGAGGAACUUUUUUUGGAUGCUAAUCAUAUUCGAGAUUUACCUAAAAAUUUCUUUAGACUUCAUAGACUACGACGGUUAGGACUUAGUGAUAAUGAAAUUCACAAGCUUCCACCAGAUAUUCAGAAUUUCGAAAACUUAGUCGAGCUAGAUGUUUCUCGAAAUGACAUUCCUGAUAUACCAGAAGAUAUCAAGAAGCUGCGUGCCCUGCAGAUCGCAGACUUCAGUAGUAACCCCAUCCCGCGGCUACCGGCUGGCUUUAGCCAGCUUCGGGCGCUCACCGUCCUCGGCCUCAAUGACAUGUCACUUACCAGUUUGCCAAGCGAUUUCGGCAGUUUGGUGUCUCUUCAGUCAUUGGAGUUGAGGGAAAACCUGCUCAAAUCAUUGCCCGAAUCACUUAAAAAUCUCACUAAAUUAGAGAGAUUGGAUCUAGGUGAUAAUGAGAUCGAGGAAUUGCCUGGCUUUAUCGGCGAACUACCAGCCUUGCAAGAACUUUGGCUAGAUCACAACAAGCUGCAAUAUUUGCCUUCCGAAAUUGGAAACUUGAAAGCUUUAAUAUGCUUGGACGUUAGCGAAAAUAAAUUAGAAAAAAUUCCAGAAGAAAUCGGCGGCCUCAUGUCUCUCACUGAUCUCCACCUGUCCCAAAAUAUGCUUGAAACGGUACCGAACGGUAUUGGUGAUUUGUCUAAAUUAGCUAUUCUGAAAUUGGACCAAAAUAGAUUACAUACAUUAAAUGAAAAUGUAGGAAGGUGUACAAAUCUUCAAGAGCUUAUUUUGACAGAGAAUUUCUUGAUGGAACUGCCUAAGUCAAUAGGGAAUCUCAAUGAGUUGACCGUGUUGAAUGUAGAUAGAAAUUCCUUAGGUGAAAUUCCUCUAGAUAUUGGCAAUAUGACGUUGCUAGGAGUUUUGAGCUUGCGGGACAACAAAUUAACGAAAUUACCGAACGAACUCGGAAACUGUAAAUCUCUGCACGUUCUGGAUGUCAGUGGAAACAGAUUACAGUACUUACCUUACACCUUAGUAAAUUUGGAACUGAAAGCGGUAUGGUUGUCAGAGAACCAGGCACAGCCUCUCCUGACAUUCCAAACCGAUCGGGACGAGACGACAGGAGAGAAUGUUCUCACUUGCUUCCUACUGCCACAGCUUAGUUACACGCAACAACCAGAGUUGGAACAUACGUCAGAGGUCGGCAGUGGCACCUGGUUCAGGGAACACAGAUUUAAUUCACAGUCACAAGAGCUUGAUAGGAUAAGAGAAUCAACUUUAUCAAGAGACCGGGAUUCUGAUGACGACUGGGAAGAGAAAGAAGCAUCCCGUACAAUAUCUGUCAAGUUCACUGAAGACGUUCCCGAAGCGAAAGAGACACCAUUUGUACGCCAGAACACACCGCAUCCUAAAGAUUUGAAGGCGAAGGCUGUUAAAUUGUUUACGAGAACGCCCGAGCAGCAACCGCAGGAAAAGGCGAACGAGUUACCUACAACCAAUGGUAUUGUCAUGUCUCCGCCUGAAAUCAUACAACCUAUAGAAGUGAUAGAACCUGUACAACCGCAACCGUUGCUCGAAGUUACAAAAGAUGAAGAAAGCGACAGUCAAGCAAUGCAGGAUAGAGAAUCAUCAGAGGCUGAAAACGAGGACGACGAUUCCGAGGAACUAGAGCGGGGCGCGGGGCGGCGCGUGGCGUGGGCGGCGGUGCGCGAGCGCGGCGCGCGCGGCGGCCGCCUGCACCGCCGCGACACGCCGCACCACCUCAAGAACAAGCGCGUCAACCAGAUCGACGCGAGUCGCGCGCGCGAUCUGAUAGCGCAGGCGAUCAAAAAACGAGAACAACACGAACUCAAAAAUGACGACGAUAUUUUAGAAGACGUUCCUGACGGUGAAUCGGUAUCCGAACGUGCUGACAGCGAAGCACGGAUAGUUAACGAUCAACGAUGUAUAGAAGUGCGCAUUGCUCGCGCUGCGGGCGGCCUCGGUCUCAGCAUUGCGGGCGGACGAGGUUCUACGCCGUAUAUUGGCGAUGAUGACGGCAUCUUCAUUUCUCGAGUUACACCUAAUGGACCAGCGUACCUAGCGGGGCUUAGGGUGGGAGACAAAGUGCUAUCGGUUAACGGUACUUCGGUGAUCGAGGUUGAUCAUUAUUAUGCGGUGGAAGUACUAAAGGCGAGUGGUUCGACUCUCACCCUCGUUGUGACCAGGGAUUCGCCGACGUCAACGAGAACUCACAGCCGAGCAGCGAGUGGGGCGAGCCAUCACUCUGUAUCAAGUACUACUGAUACUGUAUCUACAUUAGAAAAUGGACAGAUACCAACCGGCCGAGGCAUUCUGAGCAAGCCGCUCAUCAUCAGCAACCAGUACGCGCAGGAGUUCGAGCCCGAGCACAAGGAGCCGCUGCACAACCAGACCACGCCCACCAACACCGUGAGCUACUCGCCGUCGCCCACGCAGCCGCCGACCUACCAGCGCCUGCAGGCGUCGCCGCCGCCGCCCACGCAGCCCUACGUGCCGCCCGUUUAUCAACAAAAAGUCCUCGUCCAUACGACUCUCAUACGAGACGGCUCGGGCCUAGGGUUCAGCAUAGCCGGCGGGAAGGGUUCCCCCCCGUACAGGGAGGACAGCGAUGCCAUCUACGUGUCCCGGAUUUCGCCGCAGGGGGCCGCCGCCAAGGACGGCAAAAUGUUGGUCGGAGACAAAGUCAUCUCGAUCAACGGUGUUGAUAUGGAAAAUGCUCCUCAUGAAACCGCCGUCUCGCUGCUAACUGGCCACGAACGAUUUGUGAGACUUGUCCUUCAGCGGACAAUCACACCAGAACAAGGCGAAUUGCUCCCGCGGAAAUCCACAUCAGACGAAGUGAGAGAGCACAAGACCAGCCUGCCGAAUGUGAACGUCACCACGACACAGAAACCCACCUCUAACCAUGUUCCGACCAUGAUCGGAAAUCACACCGCACCGCGAGUGACCACUCAUGUUAUGUCGCAACCGCAAGCGCAUACGCAAAUUCUAUCACAACCGCAACCGCAACCGCAACCGCACUUUCAACAACAACCACAAACACAAACCACCUUUGCACCGACAACAGCACCACCUCAACCGGCUCCGCGGAAACUGAGUCAGACCAACGGAACGGCGGGCACGAAACCGGCAACUAACAGUACGAGCACGCCUCUAACUCCCGGCGCCAAUAAAUUGCACGGCUCUAACGACGACGUAUUCGACGACAUUCAGCCGGCGCGGGCGAUGACGAGCGAGGAGUUCCAAGCGAUGAUCCCGGCGCACUUCCUGGGCGGGGCGCGCGCCGCGUCGCCCGUGGAGCGCGGCGUGCGCGUCACCGUGCAGCGCGCCGCGCCGCCCGCGCUGCCGCCGCCGCCCGCCGCGCUCGGCCGCGUCACCGAGACCAUCACCAAGUCCACCUUCACCGAGACCACGGUCACGCGCGUCACCGACAACCACCUCGUCGAGCCGCUCAUCAUCGAAGACGUCACACUAGUAAAAGAAGGAGGCUCCCUCGGGUUCAGUAUAAUCGGAGGAACGGAUCACUCCUGCGUGCCCUUCGGUGGAAAGGAACCCGGAAUAUUCAUAUCUCACGUCGUGCCCGGCGGCGUGGCGGCGCGCUCGGGCAAGCUGCGCAUGGGCGACCGCCUCGUGAAGGUGAACGGCGCCGAGCUGCCGGGCGCCACGCACCGCGACGCCGUGCAGCUGCUGCUGCAGCCCGGCCCCACGCUCACGCUGUCCGUGCGCCACGACCCGCUGCCGCCCGCCUUCCAGGAGCUAACAAUAAUUAAGCAAGAGGGAGAAAAACUCGGCAUGCAUAUUAAGGGUGGUCUAAACGGUCAACGUGGCAACCCUAACGAUCCUAACGACGAAGGAGUUUUCAUAUCGAAAAUAAAUAGUGGCGGCGCAGCUAGAAGGGAUGGCAGGCUCAAGGUGGGCAUGCGGCUGCUGGAGGUGAACGGCGUGUCGCUGCUGGGCGCCACGCACGCGGAGGCCGUGAACGCGCUGCGCUCCGCCACGCACGCGCCGCUGCACCUCGUCGUGUGCCACGGGUACUCGCGCCCCGAGAAGUACACCACGGGAAGCGAGAGCGGGACAGCAGAUACAGGCGGCUCUCUUUCUCACUCCACCUCGAGUCUAGACAGAGAUGAGACGUUGCACCAACAUCAACAGGAUCAACAUAAUCGACAGGACUUAGUGGAGUUUGAACAUGAGAAACAAGUCGCAGAAAUGAGGGAAAAAUCUACACCUGAAAAGGUAAUGGACAUCGUGCACGCCGUGGAGAGCAUCGCGCUCGACCCCGCGCCGCCCACGUCGCCGGAGCCGCAGCACAAGACCACCACCGUCGUCAUGUCCAAGCACACCCUGCAGCCUCAGUCGUCUAGUGCUCAAGCGGCGCCGCCCUCACCGCUCGCGAUGUUUACGCAACAGAAAGUGAAGACGCCGACUCCUCCGCCUCACCCCGCCGCCGCCUUCGUAUCGGACGGCACCUCCGUUGAUCCGCCGCCAUCACCAAACCCACCGCAACCUGUCAAACAGAAACCACAAGUGCCCCGCAAACCGCAAACGAAGCGAGUUAGUUUCAUUUCGGAACCUCAUGAAAUACACGAACAAUCGUUGUCGACGAACGAUCGGACGAGCCCCAGAGCCGUAUCGCAUGGAAUGCAUGAUAAAAUUGCUGAGGAAUCUUCGAUUACUAACGAUGCAUGCCAUGGCAAAAGCUCUUUACUAAUACGAAAUCGACCCACAAAAAUAGAGCUAAGCGAAACGAAAUCCAGUAUCGUACGCCCUGACGAGUUUAUUAUUCCUCCUCCGCCUCUCUUCGCCACGAAAGCUUCCCCACCUCAAUCUGGUAAUUUUGUGAAAGCGUCUGUUAGCGAUAAGAAAAAGUUUUUCGAAAAUGCAAUGGAAGAGAGUCAUAAAUCAUCGCCAAAGCCAGAAAAAGUGUUCACAUUUUUAUCAGCGGAUGAGGUGGAGAAAUUGAAGCAAGAAGAGGAGAGGAAGAUGGCUUCUCUGUCGCGCGCUGAACUCGACUCGUGGUCCCCCGGGGAGGACCGACACAGCGGAGACAGCGAGCAUUCUGAUGACGAACCUUAUGAGAACGGCCAUAGUGUGUCGCUAGGCGGUGUGAGUCCGUCCGCGAAGUCCCGGCGGCGUGGCGGGCGCGAGGGCGCGGAGGAUGCGGGCGCGCGCGCGGCGCGGCGCGCGGCGUGGCGGGCUGCGCGCUUACGCUCGCUGGAGCAGGACGCGAUUGAAUCACAAAAAGCGAUUAAAAGCAUGGUGGGUCCUGCGCAUGAAAUCAUAGGAGAGGUGCCUCCGAGAGAUAAUUCUCCUUCUGAGAAAUGGCCCCUGCCACGUAUUGCGUUACGUACAAAACCGGGCCCGAUACUGGCCGUGAAGGAGAAGGAAAAAUUAUUAGACGAGCGCAUUACCCUUCGCACGGAGGAAUACGUGUGUCCGGCAACCGGCGAGACUAAAGUGCGAACCGUCGAAUACAUUGAAAAAGUCAUUGAGAAAGAGGUGGAGACGACGCAAGAGAAGAUAAUAUCCCUAGAGCUAACGACCAGCCCCAGCAGCGAGACCGCGCCCGCCGAGCUGGGCGAGGGCGAGGUGGAGGCGGGCGAGAACUCGCUGCAGCCCGACAUCGUGCAGGUGGUGAACCCCCUGCUGGACGGCGGCGCCGGCCGCGUCACGGCCAUCCCCGUGGGGCCCGCGCACCGCCUCACCUACGCCGACCAGCCGCACUAGGCGCCGCCCGGGGAGCUUCACCCUCGUCUGCGAUCCUGUUUUGAUUCUUCGCUCGUAAACGGAUGGUCCGUUUCGAAGUUUCGACCUACGUUGGAGAAUUUUUGCGCAUGACGAUGUUAAAAUUGUAUUAUUGCUGUUUAUGCGAUGUUUUGAACGACGACUCGUAAAGAGACUUACCUUUUUGUAUUUUCUAUUAAAAAAAAUUACUUUAAUGUUCUCGAUUAGGAGUUUUCUCAGUGGAAUAUUUGAUAGUUGAGCAGGCGCCUAUGGUUAACAUGACAACGGACAAUCGGCUGAUAUAACUACUACUGGACACGAGUUACUCGUCGAGACUUAUACUCGAUCGUAGAUUUCUUCAACGAGACGAACGACAUUGAUUGAUUUUACAUCUUUUUUUUGUAUUAUAACUGUGAUAAUAAGUAUAGAAUUCCACCGAUUUUGCUCUUAUUAUUUGUAUGGAAUAUCAUUGAGGAAAUCUACUAUCGGGCUACACUUAUACAGUGGCAUUUUGUUUUGAUCACAAUUUUUAUUUUUUAUAAUAAUAAUAUUUUGGAAUGGAGAUUUUAGGUUUGUGAUAGGUUUUAUCUAUUUUGAUAAUGUUGUCUUUGAAUACUUUACGUAUUAAUUUUAAAUUAUAAUUUUAUUAUUAUUUAAUUUUAUUACGUAUGUAACUUUAAAUAUUUUCAUUCCGUGGAAGUUUUUUUUUAUUGUUUGACUGAAUGUUGAUGCUGUACCUGCUAAACGAAAACUUUAGGAACGUUAUUGGAUUGAAUAGUAUUUUUGAGAUUACGUAAUAUGAGUGUACAUAGCAUCGUUGAGUGUGUUCUUUAAAAAUAUAGUUUAACUACAAUAAAAUGUUAAAUUUGGCAUCACACAGCCGCCUUUUUAAUUCAUGCAAUUAAUUUCUUAGUGUAGAUCAUCAAUAUUUUAUUAUUGUAUUUUAUCAAUUAAAUUACAGUAUUUGUCUUAACUGGUGUAUUAAUAUUUUAAUUAAAUGUUUUAAUUUUAUGUAUGUGGUGCCUUAAUUCCUCAAAUAGAUUACUGUGUAAUGUUACGAUAUUAAUCUAAUAUAUAUAGUACAUAACUACAUACAUAUUAUCUUUUUAAGUAUUUCAUCAUAUAAUUAUGUUUUAAAUAUAUUACAAAUUUGUUGUCGGAAAAUGAUAAUUUGCAUCGAGUGUGCUGAUGUCUAAGAUGUAUAUUCUAUUGUUCUUAAUCUCAGCAAAGUGUAUAUUUCCGUUAAUGACAUAACGUCGUUUUGAAUCAUAUUUAAUGGAAGGAAUUAAUAGAUUUGGUGUAUUAAAUGAAAGAAUGGUUUUUAUGCGUGGUCUUUAUAUCUUUCUAAGGCUCUUUAGCAACGUGGAUUGUAAACUAAUGAAAAUAUUGUAUGUUUGUCCAAUAAAUGGUUUAAUAUAU